UACGUCUGAUUAAGAAUGGCAGAAGUUAUGGUUUUGUUUCUCAUACUCUGCCUCCAGUUGCUCGCCCUGCCGGUGUAUGUGCUAUCCUACUUGGGACUAUGGGAGCCCUUCUGCAAAAAGUUUUUCUUUCCUUUUUUCUUGGAGAAGAUUACUGUCAUCUACAAUUGGAGAAUGUCAAGACAGAAACAGGACUUGUUCCGUAACAUGAUGGAAUUUGCAGAUCGUUCAGGGAAACUGACCGUGCUGGAGAUAGGCUGUGGGGCCGGCUCCAACUUCCAGUUCUUUCCGCCCAAUUGCAAAUUCAUCUGUACAGACCCUAACCCCCACUUUCGGCAGAGUCUAACUAAAAGCAUGGCCCAGAAUCAGCAUCUCCAAUUCGACCAGUUCAUUGUGGCCUCAGGAGAGGACUUGAGUCAGGUAGCCGAUGCCUCUGUGGAUGUUGUCGUUUCUACUGUGGUCCUGUGCAGUGUGAAGAACGUAGAAGGUGUUUUGAAAGAAGUCUGCAGAGUGCUCAAGUCGGGUGGAGCUUAUAUUUUCCUGGAACAUGUCGCUGCUGAUCGUUCAAGCUGGACCUACCUCUGGCAGCAAGUCUGGUCUCCAACAUGGAAACUUAUAUUUGAUGGCUGCUCGCCAAUGAGAGAGACCUGGGUUGCGAUUGAAAAGGAAAACUUCUCUGAAAUAAAGCUUCGGCACAUACAAGCCCCUUUGUGCCAGACACUCGUUCAACCACAUAUACUUGGUUAUGCUGUGAAAUAACUCUCAGUGUAAAAACAAUUCUUUAUGUCCGGAUCUCAUAUAAUGUGCAGUUUCUUAACCAGAGUUACGCCAUGUUUAAUCUGUAGUUGUUUAGCCUUU